AUGAUGGAUAUAAAACAACUACGGGACACUGGUGAAUUAUCGGACUUCACGGUCUACAUAGGGAAAAAUAGAUUCAAGCUGCACAAGUUCCCUCUCUACACGAAAUCCGAAUAUUUUAAGGAUGUGGCUAGUACAAAUCCUGUCUGCGAGCUUUCUGAUUUCCCUGGUGGUUCAAAGACAUUUUCGGUGAUAGCGGACUUUUGCUAUGGAAAAAAGAUAGACAUAAAUCCUUCCAAUAUUGUAUUUCUGCGGGUUGGUGCCGAUGACCUUCGAAUGCGUGGAAAAGAUAAUCUAUUGGAAUUGACCAAAAGGUUUAUGGACGAACUUUUCCUGAAGAUUGUGGAUAAAGAAGACUUUUGUUCCCUACUUGUUAUAAUUAUAGCAGCAAAUUCAUUGAAAGCUCCGAUAGCUUCGCGGAUUUUAGAGGAUGCCAUUCAUAUCGUGCAUUCCAAUCUAAUGACGAGCACUCCAAGUUCACAGGAAGAUCGCGUGCCUGCGAGUGAAAGUCUUGUUCAGCUUUUAGUGUAUUUGCCUUUUGAUUUGCUGGCUCAAUUAGUUAAAGAAAUCGGAUUCGAUUCUCCCAACAACCAAUACGCGUACAGACUGAUUACGAAAUAUUUAGAGCGCGUUAUGGAAAAUUACUUUUUGGCUCAGCAUCAGAAGAAUACCGAAUCGAUGGAACUCAGUAUGAAAGAUCGAGAAAUGACGGAACAGGAACAAAUUAAUGUGACACAACGCGUUGAUUUAUCAAAGUGCACAACCGAAACACUCACGGAUGCUUUGAACAAGGAUGUUUUACCUGCAAAGCUCUUGGCUGAGGCAGCCAUUAAAGUAGCGGAAAGGGAGAAGGCUAAACAAACUGUGCCACAAGAGAAAGAACAGCUUGUCAACGAAGUGCCGAAAUCCACAACGACUGAAGAAGUUGUAAAAGACGAAUCGUACAAAUACUCAAAAUUGUCUGCGUCCCCAAACAUUCCGAUGACGUCAUCUUUGGGACUUUCACCUUAUCUGAAAGGCCCAUGGAGCCGGGACUAUUCGCGAUUACCAGUUACCGGUCCAAGCGGCAGAAAUCGUUUACUGAGCGUGUUCGAAGCGGAGCUACGCAAAGAAUUAUCCCAGGUUCCCACACGAGCGUACUCUCGUGCCCUGUGCAACACGUAUCUUUCCUCUCCCCAUAUUCAAGGUACAGAAAUGCUUGAUUUUUUCUAUCUGGUCGAUAUUUUGCUGAACAAGAAAAAAUGGCUAUGGUUUUACGUGCAAACGACACAAGCCACCGAGAUCAUCUCACGAUGCAUCAAGGAAGCUACCAUUGUUACUCAUGGUGGUGGUGGUGGUGAUGGUGAAAUUCGAUCUCAUCCGCACAUGCCGGUAAAGGCUUAA